GAUCCUCCUCCUACCUGGAGCCACAGCUUGCAAGAUACGUGGUGUCACCUGGGGAAGUCAGAACAAGUAAAAACACAUUGAACUUGAGGGCUCUAUGAGGUAGUUGAUCAAGAUCAGGGCUUGCUCAUUUUCUCUCUCAGACGGGCUGUCCUGGGUUUUUGAUUUGCCUUUUUGAUAAACUCUUUCUGUCCCCCCCUUUCCUCCCCCCAUUAUCAGAAUCAGUUUUGGUCACCAUGGUUUUAGAAAAAAAAUCUUGUCUGAACGUUGUUGAGUUUUUACAGUUCGACCGGCUCCGUUUUUGUGUAGCCUCAGACAUGCUCUUGACUGGGAUUUAAUCGGCAGAGAUCAGUUCUACUUUUUGUGCAUUUUUUAUGGCUCAGUCCAUUCUCUAGAUCAUGCACAGAAACUUUCGAAAGUGGAUUUUCUACGUGUUUCUAUGCUUUGGAGUCAUCUAUGUCAAACUAGGAGCUUUGUCAUCUGUGGUGGCUUUAGGAGCAAAUAUAAUCUGCAACAAAAUCCCAGGCUUGGCCCCUCGGCAACGAGCGAUCUGCCAGAGCCGCCCUGAUGCCAUCAUAGUGAUCGGAGAAGGGGCACAGAUGGGAAUCAAUGAAUGCCAAUAUCAGUUCCGCUAUGGUAGGUGGAACUGCUCAGCGCUGGGAGAGAAAACAGUCUUUGGACAAGAGCUUCGAGUAGGAAGCAGGGAAGCAGCAUUCACCUAUGCCAUUACCGCUGCUGGGGUUGCACAUGCUGUCACUGCCGCCUGCAGCCAGGGCAACCUCAGCAACUGUGGCUGUGACCGAGAGAAACAGGGCUACUACAACCAGGAGGAGGGCUGGAAAUGGGGAGGCUGCUCUGCGGAUAUCAGAUACGGCAUUGAAUUCUCCAGGAAGUUUGUUGAUGCCCGAGAAAUCAAAAAGAAUGCACGGAGGCUGAUGAACUUGCACAACAAUGAGGCUGGAAGAAAGGUUCUUGAAGAGAGAAUGAAAUUGGAAUGCAAGUGUCAUGGUGUUUCAGGUUCCUGUACAACUAAGACCUGCUGGACCACACUUCCUAAAUUCAGAGAGAUUGGAUAUAUUUUGAAAGAAAAGUAUAAUGCUGCAGUACAAGUGGAGGUGGUACGGGCCAGUCGGCUACGACAGCCAACCUUCCUGAAGAUCAAGCAGAUCAGGAGUUAUCAGAAACCAAUGGAAACAGAUCUGGUGUAUAUCGAAAAGUCGCCCAACUACUGUGAGGAAGAUGCUUCCACAGGGAGCGUUGGUACCCAGGGGCGACUCUGUAACCGCACAUCUCCUAAUGCAGACGGGUGUGACAUGAUGUGCUGUGGAAGGGGUUACAACACACACCAGUACACGAAAGUAUGGCAGUGUAAUUGCAAAUUCCACUGGUGCUGCUUUGUGAAGUGCAACACGUGCAGUGAGCGGACGGAGGUGUUCACCUGCAAAUAGUGGCCUAUGAUUAAAUAAACAGAACAAAUCACCACAAGUGAAGAAAGUGGAGUAUGACAGACAACUACAGCAUCAUUUUGCACAUCUACGUUUCUUUGGGAAAAGAAAUCUCUCCCCACCACUUAUACUUCUAAGGAUGAUGCAUUUUGGGCUGGCUGGCCGUUGUGACUGCAAUGGAAAUAAGGGCAACAAGAUUAAGGUGAUGUUGACAAACACAUGCAACUUUUUCUUUUGUUUGUUUUUUACUGCAAUUUGGGUGUUGUAGAGUUUUCCUAUUAGAUUUUUAAGUUAUACAUAUCAGAGAAGCUGACUGAAUUACAGAUCCCAGGAGGGUUAAAGAAAAAACACUUUUUUCAUAUUUUACAAAAAAAAUAAAACCCUGUGCAAAUAAGACUUUUUUUUAAGACAAUGAAACUUCCACUGAAAAAGCCAGCAAUAUUGCUGCAAAAAUAUUAAUUCUAAAAAAGCAGGUAUAGCAAAAACUAAGACUGAUAGUGAGGCAAAAAAUAUUAAAAUGGAAAAACUCCACUAUCAGUUUGAAAAAUAAAAUUCGCAAAAUUACGUCAGCUGCCAGUGACACUGGAACUCUAUGAAUGAACAUUAAAAAAUAUUAUUUAUGUUUUUAAUAGUAUCAAAAAAUUCUAAGCACUAACGGGUAGCUAUGUCUUAAUUCUGUACUAAAUGUAAACUUAUUGGAACUCUGACUUUAUGAUUUUUGUAUUUGGUUCUCCCUAAGUUCUUCAAUGCUACUGAUCUAUUGUCACUCCACUACUAGAGAGUUCAAUUACUGUAGGCCUUAAGCAAUGAUCAGAAUUGAGCAAUAAGAUCAUGCAAAACUGUGGUUACAAAUGCUUGAUACAGUGGUUUCCUGCCCAUCCCCAGAUAAGAACUAGCAUUAAGAUUCAGAGGUGAGGCAGGGAGCACCUAUUUUCAUCUUGGCAUGGGUAGUUUUAAGGCACAAAGACAUGCUUCAACAGGUAUUAAAGGUUUUGCUUUGAAGAGAAAUGCCAUAGCAGGAUCUUUCAAGCAAUUACACUUUCUUUGCAAGAGUUACAACAUCCUAAUAAUUCCCAGCACAAACUUGCCCAUUACUAAUAUUGUGAAAGAGCUUAUGCUCACCCUAAACUAGGAAAUUAAUAAAAUACAGUAGCUGAACUCCAUGUUGCUACAAUCUCUGACUCAUGAUGGCUUCAUUAGCGUACCACACAAAGCUAAUAAAUUGCUGAUGGGUUAGUCUGGGUUACUUUUUAAAUGUCAUCAUUAUUCUAAAGUUGGCAACAGUAUGUUACUCCCAGCCCCCGGUAAAUAUUUGGAAUGUUAAGAAAGAAGUUGAAUCUUUAUACCUCUGUUCAACUCCAACUCACACUCCCUUUUCCCCACAAGGAAUAAUUUUUUUAAAUCUCUAUUCAGAUUAGUAUUGUAAAUCAGAGUGAAUUUAACCACAAGAGCCAGAUAUGCCCAGCUGCAAUAAAACCGCUCCCAUAAACACACAGCAAGUGUAAUUUGUAGCAAGUGCCACUAUCUGGCUGGCAGGAAACAUGGAUUAAAUAUUGUCUAGUUACUGUAAUCUGGACAUUCAGUUUUGUUUUUCAAAGAGUCAUCUAGAAAUUAUUCCUAAACUUUUGGGCCUCCAUUUUCAAAAGUGACCAGCGAUUUUGAGUACUGACUUGAGACCCUGAAAGGGACGUGACUUUCAAGUGUUGAGCACCCAUCGUCUGAAAAUCAGGCCCCUUUAAAGAGUCUCCAACGGAGCACCUAGAAAUUGAGGCACCCAAAAUCACUUAUGAAAAUCCCAGCCCAUGGUCUAAAUCCAGCUCUUGAAUAAAUGAGCACAACUCCAUUGAAGUGGCUGCCCCCAGUUAUGCCAGAACCAAGCUAUACAAUUUAACGUCCCUUUUGAUUCAUGGGUAUUGUUGUUAAACAAUAAUUAUAUACUGUACUUUCAGCUCAUUCCUGACAAGAAGCAAAUAAAGCUCCCAGGCACAGUAAUGCACAGUCAUAUAUGGUACUACAUACUGUAAAUAUAUUAGAAUAGUAUUUGUUAAGUACAAUUGAGGAAUCCAAUUAAGUUAUAUUAUUGUAUAUCGUUUAAAUGUCUAUAGAGUAUUUUAAAUUAUUGUGAACUACACUGAGUAAAAAAAAUUAUAUAUUAUAACACCAACCACCCCAAAAAGUGGACCAAAAUGACACUUUCUCACCCACCCCCUAUUUUAAAUAGCUACGUCAGCUAUUCUUCAUGUUGAUGUUUCUACUGUGGAUUUGACUUCCAGAAUAUAAUGUGUCAGAUCAUCCUAUAAAAGUUUUGCUCAUUUGGGGUGGGGUGUUCAGAAAGGUACAUAGCACAAAGCAGGGGCUGACCACAACAAUGCAUGGACUUUGCUCUAUGUACAGAAUAAAAAACAGUUUAAGUGUGUUUUGGUCAGAAAGCGCCAUUGCCCAUACUGAAUUAAAACACACAAAAUGACAUCAAACCUAUUAACAAAGGCGUUCAUAAAAGCAAAUAGCUUAUGAAUAACUUUUCCUGGAAAAAAAAGUAGUUCAAUGUCAAAUAGCUGUGACAAUAGGAGGUUUGAAUGCUCCCAGUGACACAACAUGGUUUACAGUAAUUUGCAAUGACAGAGCUCAGAAUACUGUAUGUUAUUAAAGAAUUUUAAGAACAAAGUUUAAUUUGUUUACUACGUUAAUGUUGUAUAGCAAACAAAAAACAAAACGUGAAACGCAUUUCUAUUAAAACUUAACUCUCCCCCCUUCUAA